CUGCUACUUCCAAACAAAGACCUCAAUCUCCAAAAUCCCCAUUCUCGACUCUUCAGCCUCUCCGCCGUCGGCUCUUCAGCCUCUCUCCCGUUCGUCAGUCAUCGGCAUCUUCGCCUCUUCUCAAGCUCCAAACAAAGAUCCCAAUCCCCAAAGUCCCAAUUCCCUGCUCUUCGCCGUCGUGUCUUCAGCCUCUCUGCCGUCGGCACUACAGCCUCUCUGCCGUCGGCUCUUCAGCAUCUCCGCCGUCGGCUCUUUAGCCUCUCUGCUGCUCCUCGCCUCCUUGGCCUAUCCGCUGCUUCUGAGUCAUCGACCUCUCCACCACUCCUCAGCCUCCCCGACCCAUCCCCGAAUACUUUACCCUUCGUUUCUUAG